AUGGCUUCCCAAGCAGUCGCCUCCGCGCUCGAGCACCUUCAGUCCGCCUCGACGAGCAACAAGCCGUCUCAGUACACGUCUACUCUCCAGCAGAUUACUGCGUCGUCGGAGAACCUCACCGAAAACCUCAACGCAUACGCCCGCACCCUCCUCGACGACUCGAUAGGCAUAGUCCAGCUGCGACCGCUGCUUGCUGCUUUCGUUGACGCCUUCCGCAAUGUAAAGGACCCGGACGUGAAGAUCGAGGUUGGCGAGCAGGUUGCCUCGCUGCUGCAGUCCAAGGGCGCUGGGCAGUACGAGGAGCAGGACACCUCCAUCAAAGAGGCGCUGGCGGACGCGUACGAGCAGAAUGAGGAUUACAGAAGAUCGGCGCAGACGCUCGCGUCCAUCAACCUGGAGUCGACGCAGAAGUCCAUCACAGCAGACGACAAAGCAAGAGUGUGGGUGCGGAUUGUGCGAUGCUACCUGGAAGAGGACGACCCAACCAGUGCCUUUUCGCACCUGAACAAGGUCAAGAACAUCAUCUUCAACGUCCAAGACAAGGAAACACGGAUGCACUUCCAGCUCAGCCAGGCUCGGAUCUACGACGCCCAGCGAUCCUUCCUCGACGCAGCGGGCGCAUACUAUGCCAUGAGCCAGGAGUCAAUGGUGGAGGAGGACGACCGUGUGCAGGCGUUGGGCGCUGCCAUCAUCUGCACCGUGCUGGCGCCGGCCGGCCCUCAGCGCGGCAAGAUGCUGGCGAAGCUGUACAAGGACGAGCGGGCGAGCUCGCUGGACGACUACCCGAUUCUCGAGAAGAUCUUCCUGGACCGGCUGCUCUCGCCUGCAGAGAUCAAGGCGUUUGCGACCAAACUGGCACCGCACCAGCUGGCCAAGACGGCCGACGGAUCGACCGUGCUCGACAAGGCUGUGCUCGAGCACAACCUGCUGGGAGCGUCGAAGCUGUACAACAACAUUGGCUUCGACCAGCUGGGCGAGCUGCUGGGCAUCGAGGCGGAGAAGGCGGAGGAGUACGCGGCCAAGAUGCUGGAGCAGGGUCGCCUUUCAGGCCACAUUGACCAGAUUGACCGGCUGAUCUUCUUCGAGGGCGAGGCCAGCGGGGAGCGCAAGACGGGGCACGCCGAGCGCGUGGUGGGGAAAGAGUUGAGGAAGUGGGAUGCCAACGUCAUGGGUCUUGCCGAGGAGGUGGAGAAGGUGACGACGAUGAUCCAGAACCAGUAUCCGGAGUUUUACGCGGCGCAAGCCGUGGCUUGA